AUGGCGAUGAUGACCAUUCUUCUGCUUCUCAGCGCUGCCUUGGCUUUGGGCAAUGCAAAGGCUAAGGGAGUGGCGGAGCUGCAUGAGUUGCAGCAGGUGCAGGAGGAGGAGCAGGAGGUGCAGGAGGAGGAGCAGCAGGUGCAGGAGGAGGAGCAGCAGGUGCAGGAGGAGGAGCAGGAGGUGCAGGAGGUGCAGGAAGAUGAGCAGGAGGUGCAAGAGGAGGUGGGGAGAGAGAGCAGGAGCUUGUGUCCCUCAGGCUGGACCAAAUACGGAUCCCGCUGUUUGAUGUUUGUUCAUGGCCCCAGCACAUGGAUUGAGGCAGAGCGGUACUGUGUGUACUUCGGAGCGAACCUGGCGUCAGUUCACAACUCCCAGGAGUAUCAUUUUCUGCAGGAGCUGGUUAGGAGCCAUACCAAUGGGUUCCCAGGCACCUGGAUCGGAGGCUCUGAUGCCGUCUAUAACACAAUAUGGCUUUGGAGCGACGGGUCCAGGUUUGAUUACCAUGGCUGGAACCCAGGAGAGCCUAGCAACAACAACAGAGAGAGAUGCCUAGAGAUGAACUUUGGCGUACAUAAGUGCUGGAACAACAAACCCUGUCACUGCACACUACCCUCCAUCUGCUCUAAAAGACUAUGCUAGAUGAACCUCAUGUUUAUUACUUCAUAUAUUACUGUAUAGAUU